AUGCUUCUCUCCCCGCUAGGGCCCAGGUGCUCCUCGGCUCGUAGACGCCACACCCCAGGCCUGACCCCAGUGGCGCCUGACCGUCUUCACAAGGCCCUCCCGUCCUCUGUGCUCCUGUCUCCAGGCCCAAACGCCCCCAUUUACAAGGACUCUGCUCACGCAGGAUUAGGGCCCACCCCCCAGACCUCAAUUUACCUGGACCACCUCUGUCAAGACCCUCUCUCCAUACGAUUGAAUAAGCUGAAAUUCUUAGAGAGGAAAUGA